CCACCCCCGUGUCCCCCCGGCCCCUUCUCCACGAUGGAUGAGGAGCACCUGCACGACGAGCUGCGCGUUUUUAAAGACAGAAGCUUCUUCCAGCUGAAGCUGCGCUCCUUCUUCACCGUGUACCUGCUGCUGGCGCUCUCCUUCCUGCUCAUCACCGUCCUCUUUGCUGUGUCCAUCUCCAAAGUGUCAGCCGUUUCUUCUCAACUCCACAAGGUGCACCUGGAGCAGAAAACAAAUUAUUCCAGCACGGAUUACCUGUUGUUUCCCUGUGGUCCCGGAUCCCGAGAGUGGGAAUACUUCGACAAGAAGUGCUACUACUUCUCCCUGGGAAGGACGACCUGGCACAAGGCGAAGGCCGCGUGUGAGGAGAUGCACUCGCACCUGGCCAUCAUCGACAGCUAYGCCAAGCAGAGCUUUGUCAUGUUCAGGACGAGGAACGAGCGCUUCUGGAUCGGGCUCACGGAUGAGAACUCCGAAGGGGAGUGGGAAUGGAUCGACGGCACCGACUACAAAAGCACAUUCACGUUCUGGAAGGAAGGGGAGCCCAACGACAGCAGCAACGAGGACUGCGCCCACCUCUGGGGCCUCGGCCAGUGGAACGAUGUCUACUGCAGCUACGAGUGCUACUACAUCUGCGAGAAGCCCGUGCCCGCCUAAUUUAUGCCCCCGGAGCUUCCCUUUGCUGCUGCUCCCUCCCAGGUCCCGCUGGCAUCCGCGCCGCCAGGAGCAAGGACG